GGGACCUUUCUUCCUGCGGAGCCGGGGUCGCCCGCCUCGCUAGUUCCCGCGUUCCCCGCACCGCGAUUCCGCCGCCGGCUGGACACUCGGGGGAGCGAGGGGGCCGAGCCCGCGCGUCUCCUGCAGCGGCGCUCUCCCCCGAGGGGGCUCUUCUCAGCGGUUGCUGCAGAGACAUGAGAGGCGGCGCCUGGCCAGGGCCACGAGAGACGGACUCCGGGCCGGCCAGUUAGGGGACUUAGCUGACGGCCGCCCGCGCCCUCCCGGGCCCGCUGCUCUGCCUGCGGUGGCGGCAUGUUCCCGCGGAGGCCGCCGGCCGGCCUGGCCGCCUGGCUAGCGGGGGCGCGGGGCGGGGGCCUGCUGGGCUUGCUGGCCAAUCAGUGCCGCUUCGUGACGGGCCUGCGUGUGCGGCGCACGCAGCAGAUCGCGCAGCUCUACGGCCGCCUCUACUCCGAGAGCUCGCGCUGCGUCCUGCUCGGACGCCUCUGGCGCCGGCUGCGCGGCCGCCCGGGCCAUGCCUCUGCUUUGAUGGCGGCGCUCGCCGGCGUCUUCGUGUGGGACGAGGAGAGGAUCCAGGAGGAGGAGCUGCAGAGAUCCAUUAAUGAGAUGAAACGGUUGGAGGAAGUCUCAAAUAUAUUUCAGGGCUCAGGAGUCGAGCGCCACCCUCCAGAAUCAAAAUCCCAAACAGAAGGGAAUGAAGAGUUGAAGGACAAGGAACAGCCAUGGGAGAUGGUGAUGGAUAAGAAGCACUUCAAACUGUGGCGGCGCCCAAUUGAAGGCAGCCAUCUUUACCAGUACCGAGUUUUUGGAACCUACACAGAUGUGACACCCCGGCAGUUCUUCAAUGUUCAGCUGGACACAGAGUACAGGAAGAAGUGGGAUGCCCUAGUGAUCAAGCUGGAGGUGAUCGAGAGGGACGUGGUCAGUGGUUCUGAGGUUCUCCACUGGGUAACCCAUUUUCCUUACCCAAUGUACUCUCGGGAUUACGUGUAUGUUCGGCGAUACAGUGUGGAUCAGGAGAACAAUGUCAUGGUGUUGGUGUCACGUGCUGUGCAGCACCCCAGCGUGCCGGAGUCUCCAGAGUUCGUCAGGGUCAGAUCCUAUGAAUCCCAGAUGGUCAUCCGCCCCCACAAGUCAUUUGAUGAGAAUGGCUUUGACUACUUGCUGACAUACAGUGACAAUCCCCAGACUGUGUUUCCUCGCUACUGUGUUAGCUGGAUGGUUUCCAGCGGCAUGCCGGAUUUCCUGGAGAAGCUGCACACAGCCACUCUGAAAGCCAAGAACAUGGAAAUCAAAGUGAAGGACUAUAUCCCGGCAAAGCCUCUGGAGAUGAGCAGCGAGGCCAAGGCCACCGCCCAGUCAUCGGAGCGGAAGAAUGAGGGCAGUUGUAGCCCUGCUAGGAUCGAGUAUGCCUAAAGGGCAUUGGGAGAAGAUGGGACAGGUCCUUCCAGCCCUGUCUUGGUCCCUCCCUCUGCCACAGAAUGGGGAAAAGCCAUGGAGGCAUGUGCGUAACCAUCAGUGCAAGAUCAUUCAAGGACUAGUGUCUGAUUUCCUUCCAAGCCCUGUGCUGCUCUUGAUCAGAGAGGAAGCGGGAUCCAUGGAGGCGCUGCCGUGUUCUCAGGCUGACCAGUUUGAAAUUCAGUAUUUGACUGAGCUGAUCUGGAACAAGCCUCUCACCUCAGGUUGGAAGUGGACGACUCUGUUGGCUUCCCCUGAAUGGUUCCUUGCUGACAUUCCAGAUCCCACCAUGGGUUUUGCAGUGCUGGAAUUUCCUCCAGUUCUGAAGGUCACCUGGGAAGUUUGGGUGGCCAGUUAUUUCUUCAGGAGGGUCACUGGGAGUGCUCUUGGUAACAGUCUUGGUGUGAAUGGGUGUAAACAGCUCUUGGCCGUGUUAAGUGCCUUGUCCUCACCUUGCUUUUAUCUUUAGGGGCAUGAAGUUUGUACCAAGAAAUUCUCUCCCUGCAAAAUACUUCCCUUGGCUCACUCACCUGACCCCAGACAUUUUCAUGGGAACUGGCCAGCUCCAUGCUCGUGCGCUAUAGUCACCGAAUCCUUUCCUCUUCCCAGCCUUCGCUGGGAGCACUGGAGAUGAGUUUCUGUAUCAUCAGUGUUUUGACAGGGUCAGUAGAAAGGCUCAAACAUCACAUUUAAAUUUAUUUUAUUUUAUUUUUUUUUUAACUUUAUGUCAAAAAGGAGUUGGGGGUGUUUUCUCCAUAGUAACACAGUAUAGAAAACAGUUCUUUGGUUCAGGCAUUAUUUUCCUCACCUGAGGUUUGACUUGUCCUCCUCAGAAGGCAGAGGAGGGGGGCUGGGCUGCCCCCUUGGAGUGCUCAGCACUUAGACCAGCUGCUGUCUAGACAAGCAGAUGUAAUCUUGUCCCAGAUACUAAUAUGAUAGGGAUGUGGUGUAUGUGAUCCUCUGUUCCUCUAAAAAGUUUUUCCUCCUCUCUCGAGAGCUGAAAUGAAGGCAAACCGUACCAUUUAAUAAGGUCACAGCCACAUGGUAUCUGCUUGGUCUCGGUUUUGCCAAUGGUUCUGUCACAGUGUGUUGGGAGAAUAGGGAUCAAAUUUUUAAAAUCCUCCUCCCUCCUUUCUUUUCUGGAGUUCAAAUGGCUAAAUUUUUACCUUUUUUCCUGCUUGCUACCCUGUUGUGUUGGAAAGGGUUUCUAAACCUGGAACUAACCUAAACCCCUCUUGACCUUCUUGUUGCCUGUCCAGUUUUGUGCCAAGGAAGUAACUGUUCCCGUUCAUGUCUCCUGAGUCACUGGCAGAGCAGAGAGGUCCUGGGUGAUCCCAGCAACUUUGCAUUGAGGAUUUCUUUCCUUCCCCAGAGGAGCCAGGGAAGAGUCCCUGGGUUAUUAACGUCCGAACUUAGUGCCUGCCAGUGUGAGUGGGUGUGUGUGAGAGAGCGUACCUGCGUGCGUGUGCACAGGUGCUAAGCAGCUGUGGUUGCCCCAUAUUCUGAUUUAACAGCAGUUUGACUCUGUAGAGUUACUUAUGUCAUUGUAAUGAAUUCACUCCUAACUGUGACAUUUUUAUCAAAUGUGUGAAUAAAUACGUAAAGAUUGGUACAAAGGAAUGUUUGUCUCUGAAUGGACUGUGGCAGGAAAGCCUGCAUGUUGGGCUUGUCCUUCUUUCCACAUCACAGAGCUGUGAACCAACCCCAGGAGCUGACCUGGGAAGCAGCAGGGCUUAGUCUUAACUGUCCGGUUGUGGCUGGCUACACCUGCCCUUUGUAGGUGAUCAGCCUAGCAGUUGAGCGCAACCUCCUCUGCCAUGUCGUGUGUUGGGGCUUUGCAGAGGGUGGAACUUGGGAUGGUCUUAAGUGCGAGGCUGAGUUGAGGACAGUCCAGGAACUUUGGUGGAGGCCUGCUGGAAAGUGGGUUGGCAUGUAGGCAGCUGGUUCUGCCAGAACCCAGCUUUGUUCCAGGAGGAUCAAUAUGUUUUUGAAAGCUUUGAGCACAGCAUGAAUUUGGGGUUUAUGUGUGUUUCUCCCGUGGGAAAAUCCAGGAGGAUAGGCAUAAGCAUCCCACCUGUCUGGCUAGAGCUGCGGCUUCGCAGGCACAAAUGAGGCACAUGCUCCACCCACGUCUCACCCCCCUGGGGUUGCACAGAGAACCCUGUGGCCUCAUCUCACAAUUGCAAGCUGAAGUCCUCCCAUGGUCACCUGGCCCUGGCCCUCACAACUUCUUGUCCUCACUGCUUUGAGGCACCUUUGCAUUUUUCCUUUCUUUCCCUUUAUCCCUCCUCUUCUGUUUUCUUGCACAGUGGCAGGUGGGAGCCGGGUGGCAGGCUGAGACCUUCUGCAAGCAACCUGCAAGUUCCUUUUAAGGCGAAUGCUUUAUUUGUAUAUUUUAUUUAUUAUAAGCCCUAGAGGUUUCUUUUUCUUUUCUUCUUUUUUUUUUUUUUUGGUACCGGGAUUAAGUCCAGGGGUGCUUAUUAACCACUGAGACAAACCCCCAGCCCUUUUUUAUAUUUUAUGUAGAGACAGGGUCUGGCUGAGUUGCUGGGGCCUCACUUUGCUGGGGUUGGCUUUGAACUUGGGAUCCUCUGGCCUCAGUCUUCUGAGCCACUGGGAUCACAUGCAUCCGCCAACCCUCCUGGCUCCUAUAGGCUUUUUAUGUGGUCUUGCAUAGUGCAGGGACUUGGGGACAUGUAUUAUAACCUUGCUGCUUGUGCCUGACAGGAAUCUGGUGAGGCUUUCCUAGCUAGUGUGGCUGUACCCAGCAUGUGCUUCAUUGAGCAUCUGUGAAUGGAGCAUUAACAUGAAGUUUCUACUUAGAAAAGUUUCAUAUAUUAAAGGUUGACAGUUUUCAAAACUA